AUGCUCGUCUAUUCAGGUGGAGACCCAGUGUACAUAACUGUGCCCCCAGUGGAAGGAGUCGCAGGGGGGGGGACUGGAUAUGGUUGGAAUGACGGUGGCUUUGACAAUUCGUGUUCAUCCCCUCGGGUAAUUGAUCCGACAAAGGUUCCCACGGCAGAGUUCUUACAUGUAUGGUGCAUGCCAAACACAGCAAACGUUGGCCAACAAGAAAUACCUCGACCAUUGGAACCUGUAAGACAUUUCUCCAUAUGAUUUUCGUUGUCAUUAAUCCAAAACUUUUGUUUCAUAAUUAUAAUCGGCCCCUUUAAAAACUGUUCCUAACUAUGAAAUUUCUAUUGAAGAUAUCUCUUCUUGCUGCGAGAAAUGAGAGGGAAAGUGUUCAAAUAGCUUUGCGCCCUAAAGUUUCAUGGGGUGGGCCGGGUACCGCUGGUGCAGUACAGAUUCACUGUUCUGAUCUAUGUUCUCCCUCUGGCGACAGGUUGGGCACAUCUCCACCCUUUAGAGAUUCUAGUCUAUCAUUAACAUUUUCGAUUUUUUGCUCUUAUCGUGUGAUAUUCAAUCUUUAAUUUUGUGGUAGGUUGCUUGUCGGACAGUCAUUAUCUCUGCGACGAGUGGUGCCUAUCUUAGGUGUCCCUGAUGCUCUUGUGCCGCUUGAUUUACCAGUUAGUCAAAUCAACCUUUUCCACGGGUACUGUCCCUUGAAAUAACAGUGAUCUUUCCUCAUAACCUCCUUUCUGAUUCCAGUAUUAUGGGCGUACACUUAAUGGUUAGUAAAUGAUCCUAUGUUCUUCUCCCCAGAGAGACAACAUCAAUUUGGGUAUCACUAGAUGUUCCCUGCGGACAACCACCCGGCCAAUAUGAAGGGCAACUUCUUAUAACAGCCCUUACAGCUGAUGCAGAGUACAUUUUGUUAAAAUCUCCACUUGAUCUGUUUCCUAUUCAUUUAAUUUUUUCAAUCCUGAUUUUUUUUCGGGCGCUUACUGGAUACUGUAUUUUUUGUGUUAUCUAUCUUGUGCUCGUACAGGUCUGCAAACCAAUCUCUGGCUAAAAAUGAGAAGAGUCAGCUGUACCAGGAACUGAAAAACUGUCUUGAGAUAGUUGAUCCCAUAGAUGGAAGUCCAUUUGAGGAAAUGGUAGCUACUGGGGCAUAGAACACUUCAUUGAAGUUUCUUGUUACAGGCACUGACAUUUCAUGCUCAUUAGUAUUUCUCCUGUAGGUAGAGAGAGUCAAAUCUGCAACUUCAACUUUAAGGAGAGUUCUGAUGUCGCCAAGUUUUAGUGAAUUUUCUCCAGGGUAUAGUGAUGUGAUGGAAGAGGACGUUGUAACUAAUCUUUCAGUCCGGUUGAAACUAUGUGUGACAGUUUGGGAGUUCACUCUGCCUUUGACACCGUCUCUUCCAGCUGUAUUUGGUGUAUCCUUCUACAUUUUUCUGCCACAUGAUUUUGGUCAUUAGUUUUAUAUGUCAAGCUUAUCUCUUUGCCCUGCGGUUCUUGUUUUCCUGAAGCAGUUGUGAUUUAUAAUCCAUCAAUAAAAACUUGACAUUCGUUGUUCAGCAGUAUCUUUUAUCCUCUGCAUCUAUCUGUUAAGUAUUUACUAGGCUAAGUGAGCGUCACAUUGGAUUGACAGUUGGUCGCUAUCCUUGUCAAAUCCUUUUUUGGUUUCUCUAUUCUAGUAUUCCCCGGAUUGAUUGGUUAAACUUUGUCAUUAUUGUGUUUGAUACAACUUUUGGUGGAAAGUGAUUAUUGGAGGACUAAUGUUUGGGAGGCACUUACAAGAUUAAGGUUUAACUUAGAUUAUUCUCGUCAUUGUUUCAAGUACUGGGUGCUUCAGACUAGAACUUCGAGAAGUGGAGAAUUGAAUCACAGGCAGUCUGACGCUAAUGCUUCUGGAUUUCAUCAAUAUUGGGAUCAUGACGAGUCACAAAUUCAAAAAGAAAAUAAAGUACACACAAAGACAAGGAAAAUUUGUUUGAACAUUGCCGUGCAUAGCCACUUUCAUGCAAGGAACCGCCAUUUUUAUCAGUUAUGCCUGUCCAUUCCAUUCACGAAUAUGUUUUACCUCGGUUGUGACAUUGCCAUACAUAGCCGUUUUCAUGCAAGGAGCCAUCAUUUUCAUCAGUUAUGCCCUGUCCAUUCCAGUUACGAGUAUUUCUUCUUUCAUGUGUAGCUUAAUAUUCCCUUUUCUUAACAUGGUUAUAAAAUUUUCAAAUCUUCUACGAAAGCCACAAUAGACGAUUUUUUUACGGUAUUUUCUUUUAAAUUCGUAUGAGAAGCCAGGUACAUAUAAGUUGUCUACAAUUGUGUGAUCAGACUUUCGCUCUUUCUUGUACCUCAGUGUUUCUCUGUCAUACUGUCUUGCUGGUUCUACAUCCAUUUAUUACUCUGCUAGUUUUUUGCCUCUAGUAUCAUCCAUGCUUGUGUUCAUGGACAAUUUACUUUCUCCAUUUCGAGAAUCCCUUCUGGCCCAGAUGGGUAAGCAAUUUACUUUCUGGGAGAAAUGAAUGGAUAAAUAGGAGCCUCUUUAGUUAUUUCCUUAUAAUCUGUUAAAGCCAACUCCACUCUAAUGAGGGUCAACAAUUUUUUGCCUAACCUGGUCCCGUCUAUCCAUCUGUGCCAUUAAUUUUCAUAUUGUCCUGCAAUUCAACAAUUGAUGGCCCAUCUGUCACACAGUGCUCACACCUAGAUCCAGUCAUCAGUCUGUUUUCUUUUUCUUUGGCUUUCUUAUAUUAUCCAUUCAUUUGCGCUUGCUAAUUUACACUCUUAAUGCCAAUACUCCCUUUUUGUCUGCGAAUUUACACUCCCUAUCGCUUCGUUUUUUCUCAGUUGUUCGGAGAUAAUAAUUACAUAAAUUGUUGAACCCUUAAUUACUCUGAUGAAAUACAUUAUUUUAUACCACUGCUAUAGAAAUUCUAGUGAAGAAACGUUGGCAGCGGGGAAACAAGUUAUUUGAUAAAAUGCUCUCGCCCCUACAAACUUCUUUAACUUCACUUAGGUUUCUGAGACUGUCAUUGAGGACCGCUUUGGUGUGAAGCAUGGGACUGAUGAAUGGUACAAUGCGUUGGAUCAACACUUCGAGUGGCUUCUGCAGUAUAGAAUUAGUCCGUUCUUCUGCCGGUGGGGAGAGAGCAUGCGGGUUUUAGCAUACACCUGCCCUUGGCCAGGUAAUUCGACCAAUCAGUUAUUGGCAGUAAAUUGAAUAAAAUCUCUCACCUACUCGUACCAUACGAUUUUGGUUAAAGUUUCAGUCCAGUUAUUGGCUUGAAACUUUUCAUUCAUGUUAUUCAACGGUACCACUUUCAGACCUAGAAACGAUUAGGUGAAGGAUUGAUGUGUAAAUAUUAUCAUCGAGACUGCUCUGUUAAUUGCCUGUAUCUUGGGUAUUUUUUAUUAAUUCAUUAAUACGUCUUUCACCAGCUAAGUGAUUUUUUUUUUCUCCCUUUUCUUCUGCAGCUGAUCAUCCAAACUCAGAUAAAUAUUAUUCGAAUCCGAGAUUAGCAGCAUAUGCUGUGCCAUAUGUUCCUAUUCUAUCUUGGUGGGCGGCUGAAUAUGUACUUUGUCAAAUCUACUUUCCCUUGACCUCUUUCGUUUAGUCUGACAAGUCGAGUCGCUCACUAAUGUAAAACAGUAACGAUGCUGCCAAAGACACUCUGAGGAAGGAGGUUGAGAUUUUAAAAUCAAAACCCCAUUGGCAGAAAGCCUACUUCUACUUGUGGGAUGAGGUAGGGAGAUUCUUGAUGCAGCUACUCAUUUUUUUCCUUUUUUGACUUUUUUAAAAAAAAUUCGAUAGAUAUAAAAUGCACCCUCAUUGUUAUUUAUUAUUUUAUUGGCCUGCUAAUUUUUCCUUUUCUGUCCAGCCACUUAAUUUGGAGCAGUACAAUUCUAUCCGCGAUAUGUCUGCUGACAUACGAUCCUAUGCACCUGAUGCACGUGUUCUAACCACUUAUUAUUGCGGUAAAAAGCUUGGUUUUGAUGCAUUCUUCUUCGUUGCUUCUAUCCGCAUGCAUUGAAUAUAUAUCCCUUGCUCGUUUACCAGAUAUAAUCAUGUUUGGAGUCCAAAGACAUUGAGGACGCUUUCUCGUUAUGCGCUAGCCUACCAAUGUCUUCUCUCAACCUCACAACCUAGUGGCAAGGAAUGGUUGUCUUAAGCCUGAAGAAUGUCCCAACAGACACCCACUUUUCUCACAAGUCCCUGUUGAGCGUGGACUGGCCUCUCACCGUAGAUUCAAAGUAAGAAAUGCAUAACCCAAGGAAAUUACAGGGGAGAAAUAAUAAAAGAGACUCUGGAAAGCAAGGAGAAAUGAAUUCUUGUAAAAUUAUAUUCUUGUAAAAUUGAAUUACUUUCUCCUAACAUUAUAUUCUUGGAACAUUGAAUUCAUUUCUCCUAACAUUAAAUUCUUGUAACAUUACAGGAAAUGAAUUCUUUUAACAUUAUAUUCUUGUAACAUUACGCUUAAGUGUUCCAGUUGGAUUCGCUUCAAUCAUGGAAUAAUAUUUUUAGAAAAAACUUUGGUGUUCAGAGUGAUGAACUUACACGUCAAAUUUCCUAUAAAUGCUCUAUAACAUGCCAUGAGAGACUGCUCAUGGCAUGAGUGCCUCCAGCUUUUUAUAGAAGAAAGACUGCUGGUGGUAUCUUAAUUUCCUCAUUCUUUACUAGUUCUCAUUUGAUACGAGUCAUUUCUUUCCAUGAAAAUGGGAACAAACAUGAUUUGUGACCUCUCUCUGGGCUCAUGUUUACCGCCCCCAAGAUCAUUCUUUUAUGACUCCGAUGCUCUUCGCUUGUACCCAGAGUCUAUGUUUAUUUAUUUAUUUAUUGGUGUCAAUCUUCGUUUACAGGGCCCAGCGAUGCGCCUGUUUCUGGCAAUUCAUUUGAGGCCUUCGUUAAGGUUCCAACUUAUCUUCGUCCUCACACUCAAAUAUUUUGCACGAGGUACAGAUAGCUUUCUUCUCGUGCUUGAUAUCUCUAAUAUUCUUCAUCAUGCCUCCUAUUCAUAUGAAAACUUUAUUAUUUUCUCUUUAUUUUUCCGGUUGGCCUCAUUUGAUAUAUAUAUAUAUAUAUAUAUAUAUAUAUAUAUAUAUAUAUAUACGAGAGAGAGAGAGAGAGAGAGAGGGGCAGAUUCAAAUUCCACAAUGAGAAUGAAGGAAACCAUGGUUUUGAUCCGCCUUGACUGAGUGGACUUGCUCUCGAUUUGUUUUUUUUUUCUUUUUUUUUCCCGUGUUGCCUGAUUUCUAGACAGGAAUCUAUGAACUUCCGGGAUGAAUCCGAGUGGCAAUCUGUGUGUCUUCAUGAGAAGGGAAUCAUAUCAGAUGAACCUCAGCCUUCCAGGAUCCAACGCUUUCCUCUCAUGCAUUUGCAGCGAGUGGGUCUUGGGCAAUCGAGAGGAUCUGGUCAAGGACAUACUCUCCGAGCUGCAGCCUGAAGAUGGCGAGGUAUAGCAUCUUCUUCUGCCUUUGCCCUUCUGUCCAGGGCGCCUGCCUCAACCAGCCCAGUGGUGCCCAGAAAGGCGUGGACUUCCCCGUUCAGAAUCUGAUCUGCGUUGACCAGAAUUAUGCUUGGUUCAGGAAUGGUGGACUUACGUGUGCAUGGGGCCCACCGACCCACAUCCAAACUGGCAUCUGGGGAUGCGUGGGACCCAGCACCGCGCCGUCAUGUGGAGAGUGUGGAAGGAAGGCGGCACCGGAUUUCUCUACUGGGGCGCCAACUGCUACGACAAGGCGACGGUCCCCAGCGCCGAGGUAUUGGAAGCUUCUUAUGUAUGCUUCUAGAAGGGUCUAGAGCUUCAGAUUAUGACGGCGCCGUACUGCGUGCAGAUAAGAUUCCGCCGCGGCCUCCCGCCGGGCGACGGCGUCUUGUUCUACCCCGGCGAAGCCUUCUCGUCGAGCCAGCCGGUCGCUUCUCUCCGCUUAGAGCGCAUCCUCAGCGGCUUACAGGUUUUCUCUCUCUCUCUCUCUCUCUCUCUCUUCCUUCUCCCCUUCCGAGUUCGAUCGGAUCGGACGGCUCAGUUUGAACUUCUUCUUCUUAGGAUAUCGAGUACCUGAGACUGUACUCUGAGAAGUACGGACGGGAGGAAGGCCUGGCGCUGCUCGAGAAGACGGGUGUCUAUCUCGGCCCCGAACGUUACACCCUCGACCACUCGCCCAUCGACUCCAUGAGGGCUGAGAUCUACCGAUGCUGUAGAUCCUGA